UAAGUAACUUUGUAGACAACUAAAAAACCAUAUCCGCUCUGUUAAAAAACCUGCCGAUGCACAUUUCUCUGCUCCCACUUCCUCCCUCCCUUUCUUACCUUUCUUUCCCUCUCCCUUCUCCCAAUCCCUCCCUCUCUCUAAGGUCAUCCACCCAGCUCAGGUGCCAGUGGUUCAGGAAGCCUUCUCUCCCAGUGAGGAGAGGGUGGAGUGGGCCUCACGUCUCAUUUCUUCCUUCAACCACCACCAACACUCUGGACAGUCCAAGCUAUGCAGUGAUCAGUCGGGCCAAACUGUAUCUGGAAGCACAGACUUCCGUCUAACACCACUUCUCCACCAGACCCUUCGUCGUCUCUCUGAUCUGGUGAUCUUUCAACAGCUGUGGUGUCUGAGAUACGGAAUAAUAGUGGAGAAAAGUUAACAGAAAAGUAAGAUAAGACCAUUGUGAGACUAAACUACCAGUAUCAGUUGUAUAUGCUCAUUACUGCAUUUCAAGAACUUUGCUUUCAGCCGUUCGCAGGUAAGAAUGAAAUAUCUCACUAUUAUCGCAAAAAAAUUGAGGACAAAUUUUUUUUUUUUUUUUUUUUUUUUUUUUUUUUUUUUUUUUUUUUGGUUUUGUUUUUUUUUUUUUUUUUGUUUUU